AUGGCUUCAACUGGAACCAAAGACAGCACCAGCAACCAGCCUGUCAAUCUCUCGGAAGAAACGAAGGAGCUCGUCAAAGCAAUGAUCCUGUUCUACGAAGCGCUGGAUGCUGUCAGCAAGCCAACUGAACAGGUUCGCGAAAUAAUUCACCAGGCCGCCGACUUGAUUGAUCGGACCUGCGAUUUGAAUGGUCGAAUCUACAAGGAAACGCGUCGGGUCACUCAAGUCUCUUGUCGAAUUCACAAGCUCAGUGUUGAUCUUAACCAGAAAUACCUCGCCAAGAAACGUGCUUACAUGCGGACUAAGGGGAAAUUGCAGAAGCUCGUCGCUUCUAUAGACGACCUCGUUCAUGCUAUGGAGGAAAAUCAAACCGAGCAUGAUGAGGAGGAGACUACUGAAGAUGACCAAGAUGGAUCCGACGAAUAUGGAGAUGAUGAAGACGGAGAAAGUUCAAGUGACGAAGAUGGGAACGACGAAGAUGGCAAUGACUAA